AUCACAAUCCGAAUAGCGGCUCCCAGAGCCAAACCACAUUUAACACAUUAAGCAACUGAUUCUGGUAAAGUGCCGACGAUACCAGCAUAGGAUAAAUAAUACUGCGUCAUUGUUUUACAAUUUUAGAAGUUUGAAUGAUCAUUCAGGAACGCCAAACGCCUUAAUUUCACCAGAGCGAAGUAAUUUCCUUCUCUUAUAUUAUGUACAGUGCGUCAGAGAGCAACAUGAUGUCUAGAUUAUGACAGUCUGUCUUCCUUCAAUUUAGACGAACACGAUGACGAUUAAAUCGACGGAGAACUCACUUGACAUGCACUUUAUGGACUUCAACGGACUUCUGUGGUAACAAAAGAGCUAUUUAUACCCAUGGCACAGGGCUUCAGGAGCAACUCGGACCAUCUCCCUCCCCAUUAAACACACACAUGCACAAAAAUACACACUUUCACUGGCACACACAUACCGUAUGUGCACACAUCUAUGUUGAAUCUCCUUCCCCCUCACUGUCUUUCUCUAUUUGUUUUGCCAGCCUGGCCUGUGGAGACCAAGCCCACCCAACCAUCCUCCCACACACUGUGAAAUCCACACCCCCUCAGAGGUGUAUUGAGGGGUUUACUGCUUUACGUCGUCAUGGCAACGAAGUUGUAAAAUUAGAUAACUUUACACAGAAAAGGAGAGGACUCACCAUCCUGCAGAUCCAGGAAUGGAGGACAGGAGGCACCUGCCUCCAGAUGGUGGUGGCAACCCCAAACUCUCCUCCUCAGCUGUCCAAUCAGAGUGUGACAAGGAGAUAAGAAUGGUCAGGAAGGAACAAAGUGACCCAGAGACCUCUACACAAAUGCGUGUACAAAAAGAUGAUCUCUGUGAUGUGCCUCACAAGGUGCCUCGUUUCCAGUAUGUGGACUUUCCAUCUCUGCAUCAGUGCAUCCAACAGCUUUCUGUGCCUCCUCUGAAUGGUUGGCUGGGAUCUUGCUCUUUGGCAAAGGCACCAAACCAUAGACCUGCCAGUCCCAAAGAGAAGGUGCCCAAGUUUAAAUAUGUGGACUAUCCCUCUCUCCACCACUGCAUUCAGCAGCUUUCUGUUCCUCCGUUAGAAAGCUGGAGUGCAGGGCUGGUCAGGCUCAAUGCAGAUGGAAGACAGGAAGGGUCUGGGUUGCAGAAGAGACCUUCUCAGCCUGGGACUGUGAGAAACAACCAAAAAGCUGAGAUGAAUGAGACUGGAGAUCAGAACAACAAGGAAAGGAGCAGAGUUGCAGUAUUUUCUUUCUCACACACAAACUCAAUAAUAGGGAAGGAAGAGAGGCCUGUGGGGAUUCCCCACAGAGCUUACACCUCAGACAGUGAGAGAGGAUCACCAGAGAGGGUAGAUAAAGGUAAUGCACUAGAUUGUGCUUCCAGGUUCGUAUCUGGUUCUGGAUCUCAGACAGACAUAGUGGUGGUGAGAAAAGACAGACCGUCAGUUAUUAGUAUGGUGCACAGAGACAAGAAGCAGCACUGGACAAAGGCAGAUCACCUGGAAGUUCAAUGGAACUCUUCAGAUUCAGUCGAACAGGUACCAUGGAAUACUCUCCCAGAGUCAGUGUGCCCAUUCUGCCAACAGAUGUUCACAAAUCAAGAGCAGUUUAGAGCUCACCAGCGGAGCCAUAGAGAAAAGAGACCAAACUGAUGGGCAAAACGGAAGGUUCACCUGCUGAGUGAGAGCUGCUUUUGGCAAACAGAUCAUGCCACAUCAUAUGGAAUCUUAUCAUCAGUAGCCUUCUUGUGUUAUGAUGGCUACAGUAGUGAUUGCAGGCAUGACUCUGAAGAGAUCAAUUAUAUUUUUGGGAAAAUGUAAGCAUUUGUCUUGAUUGAGUCUAAAAAGGCCAAUAUUGGACAGACAGAAAUGCACAAGCAUACAAUGUGUUUGUUUCUAAACACACAUGUACUUGCGAGGGUAUAGACACACAGUGUAUUCAUUCAUGAUGUCAAUAUUUACUGCUCUACAUAAGGACCACCAGACAUAAUGGUGUUUCAGCUGAAGGCAGGGGAUUAGAACCAGAUUUAUAGUCUCUUCCAUACAUAUAUUGUUGUGCUUACAGGUCCCUGAGGGGUGGGUAAAGCACAACGGGCUGGUGCAUCAGAAUGACUUUUAUUACAUAUGGGUUUCCCCCACUCUGUAUACAUGGUGGCAGGCUAAAUAUUUAGCUUUGGGUGCCUACAAAAUAAUGGCUAUUGUUUAUGCUGCACAAACAAACAGGCUUGUUAAUAAUGAUUUGUUACAUUAGCUUUUUAUUGUUUUGUAUUUUUUCUUAAAGUUUUUUUAAACUAAUGUAUAGAGGCUUCAAUUUGGUAGAUUUAAAUAUUUUAAAAAGGUACUGCUUGUUUUCACGUGUUUAAUCGUGUGAGUAAAGACUUUUUUCAUACUGACAAAAAAUUCUUGCUCUUUUCAGUAUAUGCUUGUACUAUGCACUAAACCUGUUUGACAGGGUAUCUCUCGGUUUUGCAGAUUAAAUUUUCAAACUUUUUAAAAACAAAAGGGUAUGUAAACAAGAUGACAUCCCACAUCCCAGAAACACAGUGAACCCAGCAGAUUAACCUCAUUUCAUUCUACAGCAUGCACCAAAUACAG